AAUAUACAUAAAAUACAUAUUUUAUAUUUUAUAAGAUUUAGAUGUUAAUUUUUUUAUUGUGAUAAUUUUUAAAUAAAUGCCAAAUAUAAACAAAAAAACGUCGACGCCUUUUCAAUAGGCUUUAACAAAACUUUCACAUUUUGAGAAAAAAAGAAAAGCUUUUUUCUUCCUUAGGCACUGGAAAAUUGGUCUUCUACUCAAAAUUCAUCUGUUGAGAUCAGUCAAUAUCGAACUCUCCAUUCAUGCAUUUCUGUGUGGAACGAACGCGAAACACGGAAAAUUUUGUUUACGGCGAGCAUUGCAUGGGACGCGUUGACACGUUGUUGUGAUAUUUGUUUGUGUUUUCCCACUGUCGGCAAAGCUAAAAAUAGUUUUUUUUUAUUUAGAAAACAUUUAAAAACGGAGACUGUGAAAUGCUUUAAAAAACUAACACAUAUUUGUUGUUAUUGUGGAAAAAUGUUUCGGGAAUUCGUGUUUUUAGUGUUAUUAACAAUUUUAUUUGUUUUAUAUCCGAUUAAAGGACAACGAGAUAAUUACAAUUAUGGUGGUGUAGCAUUGCAGCCCGGUGGCCGUAUACCCAUUGGUCUCAUUACGGAUCUCAAUUCGGAAGUAUUACGUUACACCUUUGAGAAUGCCACAAAUAUUAUCAAUGCCGAGUUGACAACACAAUUGGAAGUUCGCCAUGCCGAAAUAAAUUAUGGUAAUUCAAUGCAAGGUGUUGAUCGUCUGUGUCGUAUGAUGGAGGGUGGCAUUGGUGGUGUGUUUGGUCCUUCGGCCCUAUCAACUGGUUUGCAUUUAAUGAACGUGUGUGACAGCAAAGAUGUUCCCUACAUCCUAUCGCAUAUGAGUGAGGCAAAUGAAGGUUUCAAUCUACAUCCACAUCCGGCGGAUAUUGCCCAAGCUUUACAUGCUGUCAUAUCGGCAUUUGAGUGGAGUCGUUAUAUUUUUCUCUAUGAGAACGCUGCCUACCUCAGCAUUUUAAAUGCCCUAAUGGAAAUCUAUGGCAGCAAUGGUCCGGUUAUAUCGGUUCUGCGUUACGAUUUAAAUUUAAAUGGUAAUUAUAAAUCGGUUUUGAGACGAGUACGAAAAUCUGUGGACAGUCGCUUGGUGGUGGUGGGUUCCUCCCAAUCGGUGGCAGAGGUUUUAAAACAGGCCCAACAAGUUGGUAUCAUGAAUGAAGACUAUACCUAUAUUAUUGGUAACCUGGAUUUUCACACCUUCGAUUUGGAAGAAUACAAAUACAGUGAUGCAAAUAUAACGGGAUUUCGUAUGUUUUCGGCCGAAAAGCCUGAAGUUCAAAAUCUAAUGCGUGAAAUGGGCUAUUUACAAAAGAUGUCAGACGAUGAACGUUACAAUGAGAUCGAUCGAAUCGAGUCGACAGAAAUUGAUCCAGAUGAUAUAGAAUUGCAAGAUCGUAUUCGUCUCAGGGAAAUUGAUAAUGAAAUAAUAAGAAAUGGUUCCUGUCCCAUAACCCUGGAAAUGGCAUUACUUUAUGAUGCUGUUAUUGCCUUUGCUGAGACCACCAAAAAUAUGCAAUAUAUUCCCCAGCCACUUGAUUGUAAACUGGAAGCGGAUAAUGUACAGGAGGAUGGUUCAACAUUCAAAAAUUACAUGCGAUCGCUGGAUUUUGAGAGAAACACCCUUACGGGACGAAUAUUCUUUGAUGGUUUCCGAAGAAAGGGCUAUAAAUUGGAUGUUAUAGAACUGCAACCAACCGGCCUGGUAAAGGUGGGCGUUUGGGAAGAAAAUAAAAAUUUCACUUUCGAAAGACCGCCACAACAAAGACAGACCAUUUUGCUUGAUGAUAACUCGAUGGUGAAUAAAACCUAUGUGGUUUUGAUAUCAGUACCGAAUCCUCCCUACGCCAGCUUGGUGGAAUCACACAAAAAGUUAAAUGGCAACAACAUGUAUCAGGGAUAUGGCGUGGAUUUAAUCAAGGAAUUGGCAGAGAUUUUAGGUUUUAAUUUCACGCUGAGAAAUGGUGGUUCGGACUAUGGCUCAUUUAAUAAGACCACAAAUACAACAACGGGAAUGUUGAAACAAAUUAUCGAUGGGGAAGCUGAUUUGGCCAUUACUGAUUUGACAAUUACAUCUGAGCGGGAAGAGGUUGUCGAUUUUACAAUACCAUUUAUGAAUACUGGCAUUGCAAUUUUAUAUUUAAAACCCCAGAAAAGCGAACCGACCACCUUCUCUUUCAUGGACCCCUUUUCAAAACAAGUUUGGAAAUAUUUGGGCAUAUCAUUCCUAUCGGUUUCCCUGUGUUUCUUUAUAUUGGGUCGCCUCUCACCCACAGAGUGGGAUAAUCCUUAUCCGUGCAUAGAAGAACCCGAAGAAUUGGAAAAUCAAUUUACCAUCAACAGUGCUCUGUGGUUUACAACCGGUGCCUUUUUGCAGCAGGGCUCGGAAAUCGCACCCAAAGCUCUCUCCACCCGUACCGUAGCUGCUAUCUGGUGUUUCUUUACCCUUAUUAUCGUAUCUUCAUACACGGCUAAUUUAGCCGCUUUCUUGACCAUUGAAAACCCAACUACCGUUUUGGAAAAUGUCAAAGAUUUGGCUGAGAAUAAGGGCGGUGUGCAGUAUGGUGCCAAAAAGAAUGGUGCAACACGGAAUUUCUUUGCGACCUCAUCGGAACCCACCUACAUGAAAAUGCAUGAAUAUAUGUCGGCCAAUCCAGACUUGUUGACAAUGAGUAAUCAAGAAGGUGUCGACAAAGUAACGGCUAGUGAUGUUAAAAGUGGAACCACCUAUGCAUUUCUAAUGGAAUCUACGUCUAUUGAAUAUAACACUGUGAGAAAUUGCAAACUACAAAAAGUGGGUGAACCACUGGAUGAAAAGGGCUAUGGAAUUGCCAUGAAGAAAAAUUGGCCCUAUCGUGAUAAGUUCAACAACGCCCUAUUGGAAUUGCAAGAGCAGGGGGUUUUGGCCAAACUCAAGAAGAAAUGGUGGAAUGAAAUGGGAGCCAGUGUGUGUACGUCCAAAUCAGAUAGCGGUUCCGCAAAUCCAUUGGCCGUCAACAAUUUGGAAGGUAUUUACUAUGUAUUGAUUGUUGGUUCCGGCAUUUCCAUAGUUUAUGGCAUUGUUUGUUGGCUCUGCCAUGUCUGGAGAAUGGCUCGUACCUACGAUGUCCCCUAUCGCUAUGCGUUUUGGGAAGAAUUAAAGACUGUCGUUGAUGUCCGAAACAACGAGCGGGCAUUGAAGGGUGCUGCAUCGGUGUAUUCGCGUAGUCGUAAUUCAUCAUUGGAAUCAAUUGAAUCAUUUACCACCGAUUCCGAUGAGGAUGGUAGUGGUAGCAGCAUGAGCGAAGGUGAGGAGGAAGGAAGUGCGGACAUUAAAACAAAAACAUAUAUAUCCCAAUACCAACAAAAAAGAUCUAAAGAAAUAAUGUUUUCUAAUACGAUUUUCUGGUUCAUUGGCCCAAUUUUGGUUUUUUCGACAACAAUAAAUGCCCAGUAUGGAUACAAUCUCCGCUAUGGGGAUGUUGUCGAUGACAGUGGGAACAGCAACAACAUGAUGUACUCGUCAAAUAAAAUAAGCCUAGGUCUACUAACCGAUCGGGAACCCGAAAAAAUGGGCUUAGUUGUCGAUGUUGCAAUUGAAAAUGCCAAUGCUGUGUAUGGAACUCAGCUUGAGGUGACAACGGAUACCAUACCCUUCGGAAACUCGUUUUUGGGCUAUAACACCUUGUGUGGAAUGAUGGAGAAUGGCAUUGGUGCUGUUAUCGGACCCUCAUCUCGACAUACCGCCUUCCAUCUAAUGUCCAUUUGUGAUGCCAAAGAUAUACCCUAUUUCUAUUCCUUUAUGGGCGAUGCUGCUGAAGCUUUCAAUUUAUACCCCAGCUCCGAGGAUAUUGGCAAAGCCAUAUAUGCUUUGGUGACAGCUUUCGAAUGGAAUAAUUUUAUAUUUCUCUAUGAAUCAUCAGAAUAUUUGAAUAUUUUGAAUGCUCUUAUGGCUGAAUUUGUACCAAGUGAAGCACCCAUUAUAACGGUGCUACGUUACGAUAUCGGUUACGAUGGCAAUUAUAAGGAUGUUUUGAGGAGAAUUCGAAAAUCACCCGAUAAGCAAAUUGUUGUAGUUGGUUCAACCGAAACAAUGCCGGAAUUUCUAAAACAGGCACAACAAGUUGGCAUCAUCAAUGAGGAUUUCAAAUAUAUUAUUGGUAAUUUGGAUUUUCAUUCAUUCGAUUUGGAAGAGUUCAAAUACAGUGAAUCGAAUAUAACCAGUCUGCGCAUGUUUUCACCCGACAAUGCAAUUGUUCAGCAAAUCAUGGCAAAAUUGGAAUAUCCAACAAUAAAGGAUGGAUUUCAAAAUGGUUCCUGUCCCAUAACCAUGGAAAUGGCUUUGACCUAUGAUGCCAUACAAUUAUUUGCCGAGACCACAAGACACAUUCCUCUCAAUCCGGAGCCGGUUAAGUGUUCCGAACAUAGUGAUAGUGUAGCAACGGAUGGUUCUACAUUUAAGAAUUUUAUGAGAUCUAUGAAAAUGGAUGCAAAUACCAUAACCGGAGAAAUAUAUUUCGAUGGCAAUGUUCGUAAAGGCUUCACCUUCGAUGUUGUCGAACUGCAACCAUCGGGCGUCGUGAAGGUGGGAACAUGGAACGAAGAUGAUGGUUACAGUAGUCAACGUCUGGCGCCGACAACAGCACUCUACGAUUCAAAUGACAACUCUUUGGCGAAUAAAACAUUUUUGAUUUUGUUGUCCGUGCCGAAUAAACCAUAUGCCAGUAUUGUUGAGUCCCACAAGAAAUUGGUGGGCAAUAAUCAGUACGAAGGAUAUGCAGUCGAUUUGAUUAAAUUCCUCUCAGCAAAACUGGGUUUCAAUUACACUUUCAUACCCAGUGGCAAUGAUUAUGGUACCUAUAUAAAGGAAACUAAUACCUCCACCGGUAUGCUGAAGGAAAUCAUGGAGGGUCGAGCCGAUUUGGCAAUAUCAGAUUUGACCAUUACCUCAGAAAGACAGGAGGCCAUUGAUUUCACGACACCAUUUAUGAAUUUAGGAAUUUCAAUUCUCUUCACCAAACCCCAAAAGGAUACCUCAUCCAUAUUCUCUUUUAUGGACCCCUUUAACAAUGAUGUUUGGCAAGCUUUGGGUUUAUCCUUUAUUGGUGUCUCUCUGUCGUUCUUCAUAUUAGGCCGUUUGGCUCCAUCCGAAUGGGACAACCCCUGCCCAUGCAUAGAAGAGCCCACGGAAUUGGAAAAUCAAUUUACUUUAAGUAAUUCAAUAUGGUUUACAACCGGCGCCCUGUUGCAGCAAGGCUCGGAUAUUGCACCAAAGGCUCUAUCUGUUAGAACUGUGGCAUCCAUAUGGUGGUUUUUUACACUGAUUAUGGUCUCAUCAUACACCGCCAAUUUGGCUGCUUUCUUGACUGUGGAAACACCAAAGGUCCUAAUUGAAAAUGUUAAAGAUUUGGCGGCAAACAAAGAAGGUGUGGUUUAUGGGGCAAAGCGCACAGGAUCUACAAGGAACUUCUUUUCGACCUCCACCGAUCCAACGUAUAAGAUUAUGAACGAUUUCUUAACGAAAAAUCCCCAUCUGCUGACGGAAACCAAUCAGGAAGGUGUCGAAAAUGUUAAAAAGAAUAAUCGUUAUGCCUUUCUAAUGGAAUCCACAUCAAUUGAAUAUAACACAAUGCGGGAGUGUAAUCUUGCCAAGGUGGGCCAGACAUUGGAUGAAAAAGGCUAUGGCAUAGCUAUGAGAAAGAACUGGGCCUAUAGAGAUAAUUUCAACCAUGCCCUCUUAGAGCUACAGGAACAAGGUGAACUGGAAAAGCUCAAGAGAAAGUGGUGGAGGGAAAUGGGAGCCAACUUAUGUUCGACCAAACAAGAACAAGCGGAUGCAGCCCCGUUGAAUAUGGAAAAUUUGGGUGGCAUUUAUAUUGUUCUCAUUGUGGGCAGUGUUAUGGCAAUGAUACAUGGCAUAAUAAGUUGGAUACUCUUUGUGGUACGCAAAGCACGAAGUCAUAAGGUGCCCUUAAAAGCUGCCUUUAUAGAAGAAUUCAAAUUUGUUUUGUCAUUCACCACAUAUACACGUGACUUGAAAUCAUCCAAUUCCAUUUAUUCACCAAGUCGUAAUUCAUCCUGUACCAUCGAAUCGCUGGAAGGUGAUAAUUCAAUUGAAAUGAAUUAAACGAGUACACAUUUACUUUCAUAUGAGAGAUUAUAAGCUGGAAAAAUGUAUUUUUUAUUUCUUUUUUGUUUAAAAACGUGUCGAAAAUUUGGAAUGUUAACAAUUUUAGUUGUUGUUUUUUUUUAUAAUGCACAAAAAUACAAUAAGUUGAAAUGCUUAAAAAUAUAUAUAAUAUUCGAAUAAAAAAUAAAUAAUACUGCUGAAAUGAGAUUGCAAUAAAUAACAAUUUUGAAGAAAAAUAA